AUGCCGAAGAAUUCCUGCGCCGGCGGCUGCGAGAUCCAAGCCAGCGGCAUCAACUACCGCAUCACCGUCUCCAGCCGACCACACCCUCCUCUCAAGGUCUGGAGCAGGUCAGACGACGACGUCCAUGUCCAAGACCACCAGGACCACCACCACCACCACAGCGUCCGCCAUGUGCUCAGGGACGUCUCCUGCCGCGCGCGCCCCGGCGAGCUGCUCGCCAUCGUUGGCCCCAGCGGCGCCGGCAAGUCCACCCUGCUCGAGAUCCUCGCUGGCCGCCUCUCCCCGUCCCCGCAGUACGACCUCCUCCUCCUCGACGGCGCCGCCGCCCACAGCGCCGACCUCCGCCGCGUCUCCGGCUACGUCACCCAACAGGACGUACUCUUCCCGCUGCUCACCGUGCGCGAGACGCUGCUCUUCAGCGCGCGCCUCCGCCUAGGCGCGCGCCUGCCGGCAAAGGACAUGGACGCCCGCGUCGAGGCGCUCCUCGACGACCUCACCCUGCGCCGCGUCGCCGCCACCAGGAUCAAGGACCUCUCCGGCGGAGAGCGAAGGCGCGUCUCCAUCGGCGUCGAGGCCGUGCAUGACCCGCCCGUGCUCAUCCUCGACGAGCCCACCUCCGGCCUCGACAGCGCCUCCGCGCUCCAGAUCGUCGGCGCUCUCCGCGCCAUGGCCGAGACGCGCGGACGCACCGUGCUGCUCAGCAUCCACCAGCCGGGAGCGCGCAUCGUCAAGAUGUUCGACUCCGUCCUCCUGCUAGCCGCCGGCUGCGUCCUCCACCAGGGCACCGUCGACCAGCUCCGCGCCCUGCUCGGGGACGCGGGCCUCCACCUGCCCCCGCACGUGGACGCCGUCGAGUUCGCCAUCGACUCCGUCGACGCGCUCCGCCUCCACCGCCGCCACGCCAGCGCCGCCGGGCUGCAGGCGCCGCCUCGCCAGCCCCAGCACCAGCAGCCGUCCUCCCGGGAGCGGGAGGGCCGCUGCACGCUGCAGCAUCUGUUCCAGCUGCACGGCAAGCAGGUGGCCGACGAGGACACCGCCGCCGUCGUCCCCGUGAUGGCUAGCAGCGCGGCCGCCACGGCGGGCAGCCGGUACGCCAACUCGCGGGCGCGCGAGGUCGCGGUGCUGUCCCAGCGCUUCUUCAAGAACGUGGCGCGGACGCGGCAGCUCUUCGCGUGCCGCACCGUGUGCAUGCUGGUGGCGGGGCUUGCGCUGGGCUCCAUCUUCUACGACCUCGGCGAGGACAAGGUGGCGGAGCGCGUGGGCCUCUUCGCCUUCCUGCUCACCUUCCUCCUGUCGUCCACCACGGAGGCGCUGCCCAUCUUCCUGCAGGAGCGCGACAUCCUGGCCAAGGAGACGUCGUCGGGGGCGUACCGGGUGUCGUCGUACGCGGUGGCCAACGCGGUGGUGUUCCUGCCCUUCCAGCUGGCGCUGGCCGUCGUGUUCGCGGCGCCCGUGUACUGGCUGGCGGGUCUCCGUCGCACGGCGGCGGCGUUCGGCUACUUCCUGCUGGUGAUAUGGCUGAUCCUGUACACGGCGAACUCGGUGGUGGUGUGCUUCGCGGCGGCGGCGCCGGACUUCGUGGUGGGGAACGCGGCGAUCCAGGGAGUGAUGGGCUCCUUCUUCCUCUUCUCGGGCUACUUCAUCGCGCGGUCGGCGAUGCCGGCGUGCUGGGUGUUCAUGCACUACCUAUCGCUGUUCAAGUGGCCGUUCGAGGCGCUGCUGGUGAACGAGUUCGCCGGCGGCGGAAGGUGCGUGGUGCGGGCGCUGGGCCAGUGUGUGGCGACUGGGGACGAGGUGCUGCGGCGCGAGGGGCUCGGGGAAGAGUGCAGGUGGCGCAAUGUCGGCGUCAUGGUGGCCUUCACGGCGGCCUACAGGGUGUUGGGCUACGCCGUGCUGAGGGUGAGGUGCAGCCUCGCGCUCAACAAGGGGGCCGUGGCCGCCGGACCACCCAGCCUCGGCCUCAGCCGCCGCCUGAGAAGCCAGCUAGCCAUCAUCGGCGCUGCUGCGUGGCCCUCGCCGUCUUCUUCUUCCACCCCGCCGCCGUGA